CUCCUCUGGACCACAACACUGCUUCACCUGCCACCGUUUUGUUUUUUAUCGCGCGUAUGUGUGCAUUAUCGUCUGUGUUCCUGAAUGAAGAGUGUCCUCAUAUGAGAAUGGCCCGAUGAUGCGACUGACAAAAUGGCGAUGCUGUUGUAUGAGACCACAGAGAGGUGAUUAAUGAAGUGGCGGUAAGAGGUGACCAUGUGCCAGUCAGAGGUUCCAGAGUCCAAACUGGGCCUGAACAGUCCUGACCCGCUAGUGAGGGAGGCUUUUCUCAUGGCCCAUGACUACAUAGACUAUGUAACCACAGGGGGAGCAGAUGGUGCCAUGGGACCGGCCCCUACGGCAUGCACCGCAGCCCUUCGUCAUGCCGGUGAUGAACUCCUUAUCCGCUUCCCCAUCUUCUUCAGGCGCUGGCCACGUGUCUUCCAGGAUGUGAGGGAGACCACGGCCUGCCCCAUGCUCGUGAGCAUCCUGGACGAGCAUUUCUUCCCCCCUGUCCCUGGGGGACAGCGGCGGGACCUGGCCUGGAGCGCCGUGCUAUCAGUGUAUGUGCUGGCCGGACAGAUGGCGUUGCACUGCCAUGAGAGAGGCAUGGAGGCUGUCCUAACCCAGCUGAAGGAGUGUGUGGGGGGCUACGUGGAGAGGGUCAUCUGCCCUGAGAUACGGGACAAGGGAGGAUGGAGUGGUUUCGUGUCCCGGUUUGGGGUGAAGCAGGACUUGGAGGGUCAUGUGAAGAGGGUGUGUUGCUGGUCUCUACUGGCUCUGGCUUCCAGCAUCCUCAUCUACUGCCUGUGGAAAAGAGUAGCUUAGCCAACAUUGCCACCUAGUGACUAGAACCAGAAUCUCUUACUAGACAUGCUCUUAAAACGUUCAGCCUCAUUUUAGUUUAGGAGCCAAAUGGGCUCUAUGCACAGCCCCACUACUUCCUGAACUUAAGGCAGUUCCUUUUGCGGAAUUUGUCAAAAAGUGUAAAUUUGAAGGAGAAGCUAUCUCCUUCUGUGCCAAGUCUGAGGAAACAU